AUGCUGUUGAGGGGAGGGGCAUUUUCAGCAUACAAUGCUGGCAUAAGCGAGAACCAGAGCACUUUCAAAAUUUCCAAUUCAAUUUUUUGGAAAAAAGGAAAUGGGUUUGUGUUGUGCAAUUCUUCGGACCACGCUCAGAAGGCCCAGUUUUUAAGGGUUCUGGCGGUGGCCACUGGCGAGGCGAAAACCAAACAACAGGAGACGAGCAACGAGCCGACACUGGCGGAUCAGCUCCGAUUUGGCAGAUUGACUAAAGAUGGCUUGUCUUAUAAAGAAAGGUUCAUAAUGACACAACUGUAA